AUGCAUUCUCACCUGCACACUCCCUAUAACGUCAAUUGUGAGGAGGUAAUGACGGCCCUCGAUGAAUGCCACGCACGCGGAUUCCUCUACAAAGCUGUUGGCAACUGCAACGACAUCAAGCGCGAAGUCAACAAAUGUCUCUCUGCCGAGCGAGCCGACCGGGCGAAGCGCAACCGGGACGAUGCGCGAAACAAGCGCGCGCGGAUUGAGGAGAUCUGGGCUCGUGAGCGGGGACAGGAUCGUGCUUCCACUUCUGCUGAUGCUGGUUCUGGUGCUGCUGCCAAUGCAGAGAGCUCGGGAGCCAAGCAAUGA